CGCUGAAUCAGGAUGGCAGAUUUUAUAGCUGUAACACAAACAGAAAAUAUCAAACACUGCAGAGACGCAGGUGGACAGUCGACUUCUCCUCUAUCUGCCCUAACCGACCGAGAUAUGUGUGGUUUGAGCUCACAUCCAACACCUGGCAAAGAUCAACAACAAGAACAACACAAACAGCAAGGAGGAGGAGGCCAUGGUGGAUGGCGUAACACCUGGGCGGGAUGACUGCCAAGACAUCAAGUUCAAGACCAACAAUAGCAGAGUCUGAGGAUGAAGAUCGCCGUACUGGGAGCCACUGGGCAGACUGGACAGUAUCUGGUCAGCCAGGCGCUGCAGCAGGGUCACAUGGUCACCGCCAUCGUCAGGAACCCGGGAAAACUCACCGUGCAUCAUGAUAAUCUAAAGGUGGUGGAAGCUGAUAUUUUCUCUGCAAAUAGUCUGAAGCCGCACUUAAAAGGACAGGAUGUGAUCAUGUCCUGCCUCGGCUUCCCGGUCUCCUUCUUUUCGGCGGUGACAGGCUACACUCAGUCCAUGAACGCUGUGAUCAGCGCCAUGCGAGAGGCUCGGGUCAACAGAAUCAUCACCAUGACCUCCUGGUACACUGAGCCUAACUCUGGAACGCAGUCAUCGUAUCUCAUCCGGUUCCUCCUGCUGCCGAUGAUCCGAAGCAUCCUCACCAACAUGAACGAGAUGGAGCAGUUUCUGCAGAAAACCGACGACGUUAACUGGACUGUAGUUCGUCCACCUGGUUUGAAGAACCUGCCAGCCUCAGCUCAGGAGUUUCUGACUCAUGAAGGAUACUUUGUGCCCGAUAGCAACGGUCAACCUGCAGGCAGCACAGUGGGAAGAGGAGAUGUGGCUCGCUUCAUGCUCUCUCUGCUCAACAGCAACGCCUGGGUCAAGAAGGGAGUCGCCAUCACGACCAAAUAAGAGAGGAAAAGCCAAAGUUGGUAUUAAUGAAGGGUUAGUUCAUCCACAAAACACCAGACUUCAUUGAUAUCUAGCCAUAUUUUUUUUUGUUUUUGAGGAUUUGAGAUGUUUGCCUCCACUCACAAUACAACAUAGAUAUAGUUUUUCUCUGUUUUUAAUUAACAGUCAACAACUUUACUGUUUUUAUGCACUCUUAUUGCAAUUGAAUAUUAGACUCACAUUCAUAUUUUUUCCAAAAACAAAAAAAAAACUCCAAAUAAAUGUUAAUGUUUAUUUUUAUCUACUUAAUGUGUAAAUAAGCAACUCUUUGUAUGAUAAUAUGUAAAUGUUGCAUUUACAGCUUAAUUGACUAAACAUAAUCAGUUAUGUGUUCCUGGGAAAUUAGUGCCAAAACUAUCUUCAUGUUAAGAUACCGACAGCGCUUUGGAAGAAUAUGUGCUCUUUUUUAAUUUGGGUGAACUGGUCCUUUAACAAACAAGCUUUGGUAAAAACCUUGUAAAUGGCUGCAAUAAUUAAUGAAAUGCUGAGAUAGGCCUGUUGUUCAUUUUGUUUGAUUUUAUGUUUUUCAAAACUCUUAAAAUCUACAAGGCCUUACAACCCCCUGGGAAGCUUUGCUGACCCACAGUGGGGUCGGGACCCCUAGAUUGGUAACCGGUAGUGUAUGAAACACGUUGGUGCGGUCCAGCCCAAAAUUCUGGUCGCCUUAUGUCAAAAUGGAGAACAGUACACUUAAUGUUGGACACACAGCAGAGGGGAGCUGCUACAUCCUCCCUCUUCAGCUCCGGUUGGACCCAAGGACGAAUGUCGCAGUGUGACCGGCGGAGCCUCCGCUAAUAACGGUAUUUUGUAAAUCGUGCUAUGGCUGCUGAUUACCAAACAGAGAGUUCUGUCAUUGUGGCAGCACCCGGUCUGACACCAACUCGUAAUAUUCACUUCAGUUUCAAUCAGUGUGCAAUUUAAUUUUUCUCUUUAUAACGGCAGGGCCAUCCGUUCUGACACCGUGACACGUAUCAGUUAAUAACGUUUAAAUAAAUGUAAGCUCGUGUCUUACAGACACAGCUGCUCCUCAAACAAACUGAUGAGGUGAUGCUGUCUCUCCUCCGUCCAAAACUGACACAACGACCCCAGAUGGCUAGUGAGCUGUCUAGUUUACCAUUUCCACCAUGCUGCCGUGUUACACUGAUUACAGAGAAUGAGGAAUAACUUUACAGUAAAGCAGGACUGUCAGUGUCUGUCAGCGUGUCCACCGUGUCUGCGCCCAUUUACUUUGAAAAAGCAAUGGCCAUUGGAGAAACAGCAACGUCACACCAUCAGUCACGCUGGCCAAUGAUGCAACUUCAUUACUUAGUUGCUCAUUAACUCACUCACAUGUUUCACGUUUGUAGGGCUGGUCUCACAUACUGCGGUCCAGCCAAAAAGUCUACUCACUACCCGUACUUUCUAUAUGUGACUGCCUUAUGUAGCCUUAUCUGUCUAAUGAAUGUCCUUUAUUUACUCUUGUUUGACAAUUUCUUGUUUUUAUAUGUCUGAAAACCUUCAUUAAUAAGUUUUACCAUUUAAUCAUGUGGGUGUUUUGACCAUCAGAGGGAACCACUUAAUAUUUAUCCACGAGGGUUCAGUGCACUCACAUGUGAUUGAAAUACAUGAUUUCAGUCACAUGAGGGCAGCGUUGCAUUAACAACACAUCCAUGUCGCUUUUUACUUACAGCUACUGUUGAACCAUGUGUUCACAGGAGUACUAAAAUGCAAAGAAGUACUGUAUCAUUUCUGUAAAAUAAACAUGCGAUGAUGAAAAUGA